AUGUCUCUGGAACGGGGACCGGUCACGGAAUCAGUGCUUGGGAUGCGGUGGUUGCCAGUCGAGGAUACAUUCACCUACUCCUUCGCGUUGAGAGAUGAUUUAAGGACUAUCCUGGAGUUCCAUCAUUUCCCAACAAAACGUGAAGUCCUAAAAGUGCUAAUGAGCCUGUUUGAUCCGCUUGGCUUCAUCGCCUUCUUCCUCAUCCAUGGGAAAGUGCUCAUGCAAGAUAUCUGGGCUACGGGAUGUGAAUGGGACGAACAAAUCAAUGAAGUUUUAUUCACCCGUUGGAAACAGUGGUCACAGCUUCUUCCUCAACUCGAUGCCCUUCGCAUUCCGCGCUGCUACUUUAAAUCGCUGAUCCCAGGAUAUGACAACGAGCUUCAGAUUCAUCUGUUUGUGGACGCAAGUGAGGUGGCAUAUGCUUGCGUUGCGUACUUUCGCCUACAAGCAAACGACGCAGUCAAUAUAGCACUUGUUGGAGCUAAGUCCAAAGUGGCCCCCUUGAAGACUCUGUCUAUACCUAGGUUAGAGUUGAAGGCAGCAGUCCUUGGCGUUCGUUAUUUGGAAUCUAUCGAAAAAAGCCAUUCCUUCAAAGUGCACCGACGAGUCAUCUGUUGUGAUUCCUCGACUGUAUUAGCAUGGAUUAACUCCGAGCACCGCCGCUACAACAAAUUUGUAGCAGUACGAAUCGGCGAAAUAUUGACCACUACAGAGCAGAAAAAUUGGCGCUGGAUUCCCUCUAAGUUAAAUGCAGCAGACCAAGCCACUAAGUGGAAUGGCAUACCUGUUCUUCAAUCCAACAGUCAGUGGUUCCAAGGUCCUGGAUUCCUAUAUGAAACAGAAGAAAAGUGGCCAAAGCAAUCUACAAUUACAUGCACACAAGAAGAAUUACGCCCGGGUAGCAAUAAUCCUAGCAGUCGUUUACUACAUCAUAGUUGUAGCCAGCCACUGAUCGACGUCGAGCGUUUCAGUAAGUGGAAGAAACUACAUCGUACCAUGGGGUUCGUGUUGAACAACGUGCGGCAGAAACAGCUCGGCAACCCACUCCAUCUCGGAAUAUUGCAGCAAGAUGAACUGAAAAGUGCUGAAAAUGAAAUUUGGAAAUUGGCACAAAAAGAAUGUUACUCCCAAGAAGUCGAAAUAUUGAGCAAGACAAAAGGAAGCUGUAGUGGUCAACAUCCUACAGUGGGUAAGGCUAGUGUUAUUUACAAAGUUUGGCCAUACGCCGAUGAACACGGUGUUUUGAGGAUGCGUAGCAGAGUCGGUGCGGCAGAAUAUGCAAGUUUUAAAGCAAAAUACCCGGUUAUUCUACCGGGUAAGCAUCGUAUUACCUUCUUACUUGUCGACUGGUAUCAUCGGCAACGUCAUAGCAAUAGAGAAACCAUCGUUAAUGAAAUGAGGCAACGCUUCGAAAUUUCCAAACUACGAUCAGUAAUUCGCAAAGUUGCCGAUACUUGUACCGUGUGUCGAAUUACAAAAGCAAAGCCAUACCCCCCUGUCAUGGCCCCGCUCCCAAAGUGCCGAACAACACCUUUCCUAAAGCCGUUUACAUCUGUCGGACUGGAUUACUUCGGUCCAGUCUUCGUACGCGUAGGACGGAGCCAGGUAAAACGAUGGGUAGCGUUGUUUACGUGUCUGGCUAUACGUGCUGUGCACCUUGAAGUGGUGCACAGUCUCUCUACCGAAUCGUGCAUCAUGGCCGUACGACGUUUCGUAGCAAGACGAGGAUCUCCGGCAGAAUUUUUCACUGAUAACGCAACUUGCUUCCAGGGAGCUAGCCGUGAACUCCAGGAAGAAAUCGCCGCUAAACUUUCAUCGACGUUUACCAGCGCACAAACCAGAUGGCGUUUUAUUCCACCAGCUACACCGCACAUGGGUGGCGCCUGGGAAAGGCUCGUUCGAUCAGUGAAGGUAGCGGCCGGGUCGAUUCUAGACGCGUCAAGAAAACCAGACGACGAGACAUUAGAGACUAUUCUUUGUGAAGUGGAAGCAAUGAUAAAUUGUCGUCCGCUCACAUACAUUCCUCUGGAACACGCCAACCAAGAAGCUUUAACGCCCAACCAUUUUCUGUUGGGCAGUUCUUCUGGCGUAAAAAUUCUUCCAAUGGAGCCUAUAAACUAUAUUGGUACUCUCAGAAGCAGUUGGAAGUUGGCGCAGAAUAUAACAGAUAACUUUUGGAGAAGAUGGGUCAAAGAAUACAUACCAGUCAUCGCAAGAAGAACUAAGUAG